CCGAAACGGCUUCGUCAUCAUUUCGAAAGGAAGAAAAAGAAAGAAACGGCUUCGUCGCGCACUCGCGCUCCCCCACCUCCUCCUCCAUCCCGGCCCGGCGGCGCCACCGCCGCCGAGACGCCUCCCCGGCAACCGCUCCCAGUCCCAGGCCAUGUCCUCUAUAGCCGGAAGCCACAAAACCUUCCAACCCCAAAGCACUAACCCUCUAACCAGCACCGGGUUCGUCGGAGUUGGCCCUCACCGGAGAAGAAUGGGAGCUCGCCGGAAAAGAAGAAGGUUGCACGAAUCUCCAUUCGAUCCUAAGGGUAAGGAACAGCACCUCUAUCUUCUCUUCGACGACUGGCCGAGGGGUUACAAUAUCCGCAAGGUACAUCUGUUGCCCGAUGACUUCGGUUCCGGCGAACCCCCAGGUUGGCAGAUGGCUGCCCGCGUCUCAGGCGGAUGGGAGAUGGUCUGCACCGGCGACCGGCGCCUGCCGUCGGCCAUCUUCCGCUUCGAGGCACAGCGCGGGCUUCCCAUGUACUUCGCCGCCGCCUUCGACUCCAAGAUCUUGGCUUUGCAGCCCAUAGCCCCCGGGGCGGCGCUUCCUUCUGUGCUCUUGUGUGCUAUGAUGGCAAAAAGCUCUUCCGUGCUCGAGCACCACGUCAACGUCUUCGACGUCCGCACGCGGAGCUGCCUCUUUGCCCCUCGGCCGGAGACGUUCGGGCCCGACCCCAUCUACAUCCCCGCGGGCGGCAGGCUCUUUGCUCUCGGUGCCGGCACCUUCGAUUGGCUCGACCCGCCGCCGCUUGGCACGCCGGCCUACAGCGACGAGGAGUGGUCGUGGCAUGAGAUCCCCGACCCGCCGUUCGAGCGCAGGCACGUCACCUCCUACGCCGUGCACGCCGACGGGCAGACCAUCUUCGUCAGCAUCAAGAAGGGCGCCUCUGCAGCGACAUUCUCGUUCGAGACGGAGGAGCAUGGCGGCGUCUGGCACCGCCACGGCAAGUGGGCGCUGCCGUUCACCGGCCGCGCGCACUUUGACAGCGAGCUUGGCGCCUGGGUUGGGCUUUCCGGGGAGCCGGGCAGCAUCGGCCACCUCUGCUCCUGCGACGUGGUGCCCGCCAUCCCCGACGCCGACGGCAAGGGGCAGUGCCCAGCCCGGAAGCUAAGCAAGGAGAAGCUGCUCAGCGAUGACCCGACCGAGAGGCACGUUGGUGCCACCCUCGUGUACAUGGGGGGAAGAAGCAAGUUUUGCCUCGUGCAGUGCGUCUCGAUCGACGGCGAUCGUGCUGACGAGAGGUGUGACUGCAACCUGGAUGACGAAGACGACUCGGAAGAUGAGAGGAAUGGCUGCGAUCUGGAGGAAUGCUACUACUGCGAUGAUGACCUACUGGAUGUCUGUGACAUGGAGGACGACGAUGGCUCUGCAGCUGACGAGAUGAAGGACUGCGAGACCUCUCGGCCGCGUCGCUAUUUGGGUCGUUUGACUAGUUUCACUCUGAAAUAUGACAGGAAUGGAGACCUGACAACAGGCAGCAGCUGCCGAGUUCGAUACUACAGGGUGCCAGGAGGAUCGACUGUGCCUCUGCUCAGCAAUCCGGUGGCAUUCUGGAUGUGAAAACCUGAGAACCAUUGGGUAUGGACAUCACCAUGUCAUGAUAUCCUCUUCGAAGUACCUGGAUUUGUGCUGAUAUCUGAAUGUACUUGAGUAUUAAGAGUAGGAGUAAUGAAUUCUGAAUCAUUUGGGUACAUUGAAGUCUGGCUUUAUUUUUAUGCAUGUAGUUUGCUAAUGUCAUGGUAUUGGUAUCACGUUA